AAAGAAUUAAAAUUUAAAUAUGGAUUCAAAAUUAGUACAACAUGUUGAAGAUUUGUUAGCUGACCAUAAAGACAGUAAAGAAGUUACAUGGGAUGAAGUUAUUUCCUAUUUAUUUAACAAAGGUGUUGGUAAUCCAUACUUCGCCACAUUAGCAAUAUUUUCAUCAAUGGAUACAAACAAUGAUAAAAAAAUUUCUCUUGGUGAAGUUAAAGUCCAAAAAUUUAAAGAUCAAGCUAAAAAACAUUCACAAAUUCUUAUAAGAAAUAUUGAAAGCAUAUUAGACGAAAACAAGGAUGAUAAAAUCACUUGGGAAGAAGCAUGUAAUGUCUUCAGAAAAGACCCAGAGGUCGGUGAUGCAGGUUGUGAAAACUGUACCAAAAGUCUCUUCGGUUCAGUAAAUAAAAACAAUAACAGAGAAAUCACUAAAGAUGAACUAAGAACUUACUAUUCAAAUGUUAAAAAAUACACUGCUCAUUAAAAUUCAUUGGUUGCUAAAUCAUUAAUGGUUUAAAAAGUAAUUAAAUAAAAAACAAAAUUGUUAGUUUUGAAAAUUAAAAUUCUUUAUUAUCAUUU